AUGGUCAAGGCUAUCAGAGGCACACUGGUGCGAUGCGACGCGUCGAUCAAAGCCAUGCUGGUCGACAUUGACAGCAAGAACAACAACGAAUACAUCAUCGAGGAGCUGGACGAGGAGCACAUCCUGGUGAAGGAAACUAAGGUCAACGAGCUUAAGGGCCGGCUGAACAACGUAAGAGCCUUCUGGCGCGGCGACAUGUGCUUCACUAAAACAAUGCAGAUGAUGAGAGAGCGCUUGAAGGAGCCCGAGAGUUCAGACUCGGAAUAA